AUGGCCAAAAUAAUUAUGAACAAUCGUUCUUCUCCCCAGCCUGACAGGUUUUACGGCUCUCAGGUUCUACCUUCUGAUUCAUCAUAUGAUCAAUUGAUACAACAGCAACCGCAACAGCAAAUGUCUUUCAAAUCCUCUGCUCCAUUUUCCCAGUCUUGGAAUUCUCAACAGUCACAACAACUACAGCAACAACUGCAGCAACAACAACAACAACUGCAGCAGCAGCAACAACAACAACAACAGCUGCAGCAACAACAACAGCAGCAACAGCAGCAACAACAAUCACAACAACAAUUGCAGCAGCAACAACUGCAACAACAGCAACAACAACAACAACAACAACAACAACAACAGCAGCAGCAACAGCAGCAACAGCAGCAACCCAUAAUGCCCUAUACAACACAGAUUUCCUCAGCAUCUGGUUCGUUUGGUCCUUCUAAUCAAUAUAGUUUAUUUGGUUCACUAGGUUCACUUGGAUAUACUUCUGCAUCACCCACUGCGUUUUCUAAUGAUGAUUUGUAUGCAUCUCCACACUCCUCCGUCAGCUCUGUUUCUAGAGAUUCUAUCUUUUCUCAGCCUCCAAGUAUGGGAAGUGUUAGUAGUAAUACCAGCACUUCUUCGAUACCACUGGACUAUUCAACAAUCAAUGGAGGUCGCAGUAGCAGGUCAUCGCGCCGACCAAGCUAUCUUGCCGAACCCUUCUAUGCUGCCCAUGGCAAGCUGGACUACCAGGCGCAGCAGUUGAAAAUGAUACAGCAGCAGGCACAGAAGUCACAAAAAGCACAGCAAGAAUAUCAAGGUCAACACAUUCCAUCGUAUGCACCACCUCCAGCCUUUACGUUCAGAAAGCAUUCAUUCCCAUUUGUGUCCCAGCAGAGCACACCCGUUCUCAACAGCCUCGAUGCAGAUCCCUCGGCACAAAUUCCCAACAGUUUUCGAGGCAUUAGAAACAAUAGUGUGGAUGCAUCGUAUUUGUCUUCUGCACGGGGCUGUUAUAAGGUGCCAGAAGUAUGCUCUACUGAGGGUCUUUUGGAACCCACUGCUUUGCUUUCCACACAGAAUGUGCCAGAAAAUGCUAUAAGAGAUUCCGUACCUUCUGAUACUCCCUCUCCAUCAUCUAGCUAUGUGCCGUUAGAUGACGGUCUCUUGCUUGACAAAAGUACCAAUCGGAUUAUCACGUCGCAGAAACUAAAAGACCAGUUCAAGCAGUGUCGGAGCUAUUUCGGUGAUUAUAAAGCUUCGAUGAAUGUUGUCGCUCAGAUGAAUAAACUGCUGGGACAUGCUUCUUUUUGUGGUUUUUCUGACUCUGAUAUCAAAGAUUCUAGCAAUGCAGCGCUUCAGCUUAGAACAAAUAAGCUUUUAGACUUUCUUCUCACUCAAAAUGAAGAUCUUCGCUCUUCGAGUCACUUGGCUAAUAAGAACUACUCUCUUAUCCUCAACAAAAACGGUCGUCUGGAUAUCAUCUCAUUUCCCAAGAAGUCCAAUUUACAACUAAUGCCAUGUGAUAUGAUAAUCAUUGAAGGUGAUAGGGGUAAAGAUCUUGUGAUGGUUCUUCAGCCGAUUAUUGAAUUCCGGUUCGCUCUUUUCUUCAAUUAUCUCAAAAAGAAACUUCAUUUGAAGAGUCUUGAAUUUGGAAACUCCAGUUUUUCCUCUUCCUCAUCUUCCCAUAAUAGAUCAUCAAGGAGGCGUGCUGGUAAUAAUGGUAAUCCUGCAAAGCAUGCACGUUCCAUUAUCAAUGAAGAUGAGAAUUUUAUUACUUUACCAAACAAGCAGAUCCUUCGAUUUGCCAAACCGCAUGAACUGAAUCAGCUUCUUUCCAAAUAUAACGAUGAGCUGGUAGCUCUUAAGAUAUGUCUGAAUAAUGUUACAUCCCUCAAUUUAGACCUUGUCAUUAAAAAUGUUGAGUUCCAAUUUGAUAAAAAGAAGCUGAUUAUUUACUAUUAUUGUCUUCAAAGAUUGGAUUUCCGAGGACUAAUCAAGGAACUGUUCAAGAUCUACAAGACCCGGAUCUGGCUAUGUGCCAUUCUUCCUUUGGAGAGGAGUUUCAAGCCGCUUCUAGACUAUGAACUUGACUCCAAAGGAAUGAGUUCUAAUCCAGGCGAUAAGACUUACCGUUCUAGGGUUCAUGUCGUAAAGGAUUCUAUGCCAAAUACGGAUCAGAUUUAUAGUCUCUCAGAUAUAGAGGACCCUAUCAACUUCCAUUCCAAGAUCUUCAAUAACCUGGUUGAACUGUUCAAGUUUGAGAUUUCUCAUUUGAGCUUGUUCAAGGACAGGUACUGGUUUUUAAAUGAUGGACGAUGA